GAAAUAGCUGCCAUUUAGGAGACGUAACCGUUUCCACUAUCGCAUUUUACCUACCCCUAAAAUGCAAAUUUAUCGCUAAUUUCAGUAGCUGUUUCGUCAGAGACUGUGAGGAAUGGGCUGAUUAAUAAAUAUACCCUAGAGAUAAAUUAUCCCUUCGAAUAAGGUUAUCAGCGUUAAAAUUGUAAAAGUACUUUCCAGACGUGAAAAAUUAGGCAUGUGACAAAAAGAUAAUUAAUUAAAGAAAAAAAUAAAACAGAAACGAAACCGCCGUAGGAGCACUAACUCUUUCCACAUUGGAAGAGAUGGCAACUUGUCUGAGAAAAAUUCGUCACUACGAAAAAAAUUGCCCUGCAGUUGCCGCCGCUCUGAAUUGAUAGGAGAGCAGAAAAUGCCUAAUGCCUGUCACCGACGAACAGUGCUGUGGAGUUAGUUUAUCUUUACAUUAAAUCUGGGACAUAUUAACUGUUCCGUGGUCUAAAGUCAGUCUGCUCUGCCUUUCCAGCCGUGAUUGAAUCUGAAGGAAAUCAGAUGUGCGAGAGUGAUCGAAACGUGCUAAGAUAGAGGACCUUGCAGGAGUUUAAACGCCGUCGCGGUGGAGAUGAGAUCGAUAGAGGAGAGGAAGGAAGGAAGGAAAUGGAUGCUAUCUGUCCGAGAGCGCUCCCGCUGCCUCCUCUCCCGCCCGCCCACCUCCGACGGUACCUUCCGCCGCCCCGCUCCGCGCUCCCGCCGCCCGCGGCCGCCGGGCCACACACGCCACCGCCACCGGUGCGACGGCCCCGGCGAGGCCCGCGGGAGCAGGUACCGACCUCCGCCGCCGCGGCCCGGGAAGGGCGCGGAGGAGCGCGGUAGGAGGAGGAGGGCGAGCUCCGUGGCGGCGCGGCCCGGAGCCAGCCGCCGCGCGUUCCCGCCGAGGAGACCCUGACCUCUCGCUCCGCACCGCUCCGCACCCCUCCGCGCCGCACAGCGGGGUGCGCGCAGCCUGUCCGCUCUGCGGCGGAUGGACAGAUCGCCCGGAUUGUUUUUAUUUUUAGAGGAAUGCCCCUUGUUGUUGAUUUUUUUACUCCUCCUUAGAUUUCUGUAGGUUGCUGUGUUCUGUAGGUGGCAUGUUGUUUUCAUUUCUUGACUUUUUGAAAUAACUAUUUGGAUUUAAAUUUAUCGAACAACCUGUUAUCCAUAUGUCUGUCCGAUUAAUUUUUUUAUGGGAUGAUGAAAGAGAGAAGAAUCUAUAUAUAUAGUGAUCUGCUAAUGGAAUAAUAUAUAUAUCCAAAACACCUUUCUGGGGUUACUUUUAUUUCCGGACUUUAAAAUGCAGUCUGGGUUUUUAGGCAAUCGGUGAGGCAGUGCUUAUUUGAUGUAGGAGAGUAACAUAUUUAGACUUCAGGGGAAUAAAUGCAUUGUUUUCCACCAGAAAGAUACUCUCCUGUCCUCCCUUCGAAAAUCUUGAGAGGAUAUUUACAGGAAGGUUAUGGCCAUGUUCUGCCAUUCGCAGUGGGAUUUUUGCAAAUCUUUUCGAACAUUGAAGCCAGACGCCACCAGAGAGUAAAAUAUCCACAGGGUCCUUUUCCCUUCAAAGACAUGAUUUUCUGCAACUACCCAGCAGGGAUCCAUAGAAGCGGUCACUAAGGAAAACAUAUUUAUAUCAUUAGCCUCUUCUUCCCUCCACCCCCCAAGUGAGCCUAAUCGCUUCACCCUAAGGAGAUGUGGCGUGUAAAACUGACAGCAAGGAGUUGACGGCGGCUAGUCAGUCAAACAUUAUCAACCCCAGAAAAAAAUUAUAGGCGCAAGUUAGAAAGUAGUCUGUAAACCCUUUUUUCUGUACAUCCCAAGCGCACCUUCGCCCUCGUCCCUCUUCCUUGCCCUUGCUUGCGGCUGAGCGUGUGUCGAGGGCCAAUUAGCACUUCCAGCUCUUUUAUAACGGGGUGAACAGCAAGCCUAGAGCGACUGUCCUAGGGAUACAGAUGACCCUCAAAAGGGUUGAGAGAAGGUUAAGCAUGGCUUAAAUUAAAAGAGGCUGGAAAGUCCCCUGGAGCCCU